AUGCAGCGCAAGACCAUUUUAGGGUUUUAGCUAAAAUCUCUCUCAGAGCUCAGAAAUGGCGUCUCUCAUGGCGAUUCGACGCGCGCGAAGCCCAGCACUGUCUCCCUUCUUCAAGGUACGGCCUCUGCACCUUUCUCAUUUUGCCUUCUCUCACGGCAGCAACACCAUCAUCAACUUAGAAACCCUAACCAUAGCCAAAACCCUAAGCACCUCUGCGGUCCCAAACGAGUACCAGAGGCCCCCUCCGCAACAGCAGCCUCAGCCGUCUGAUCCUAGGGCUUUCGAUGACCAGGAAAACCCUAACCAGUGGGCCCCACAAGGCCAGGGAUACGGGAACUCUAACCAGUGGAAUCCACAGACCCAGAACCAGAGGCCUAACAAUCAGUACAAUUAUCAGGGUCAGAAUCAGAGCUACCCGGGUCGUGGAUAUCCUAACCAAGCUCCGAACUUUCCCAAUCGCGGGUAUCCUAACCAGAAUAACCAGAACCAGAGCUACCCACAAGGUGGAAACUCGAAUGAAUGGAGCCCUCAGGCGCAGAGCCCUCCUCAGUAUCAAAACCCUAACCAGGGGAACCCUCCUCCGAGCCCCAGUUUUCAGCAACCCAGAAGCCCAAAUCAGUGGAACAAUCCCAAUCAAGGAUACCAGCAAGCCAGAAACCCUAAUCAGUGGAGCCCACAAGCUCAAAACCCUGCUCAGUGGAGCAACAACAACAACAACAACAACAACAAUCAGGCUGUGAACCAAACCCCGGUAGUUGUACCCCCUUCAAUUGACGAUUUGAGGAGGUUGUGCCAAGAGGGGAAGGCUAAGGAAGCUCUUGAAUUGAUGGAUAAAGAAGGGGUUAAGGCCGAUGCUGAUUGCUUUCAGUCUUUGUUUGAGUUGUGUGGGAGAUUGAAGUCGAUUGAGGAUGCGAAAAAGGCUCAUGACUUCUUUUUGCAGUCUACAUGUAGGGGUAAUCGUGAGUUGAAUCAUAAAAUUAUUGAAAUGUAUGGAAAGUGUGCGAGCAUGACUGAUGCCCGGAGGGUGUUCGAUCAUAUGCUUGACAAGAAUAUUGAUUCUUGGCAUUUGAUGAUUAAUGGGUAUGCGGAUAAUGGCUUAGGAGAUGAUGGGUUGCAGAUGUUUGAGGUAAUGAGGGAGCAGGGGUUGAAACCAAAUUCUGAAACUUUCAUUGCAGUAUUCUUGGCCUGUGCUAGUGCAGAUGCUGUGGAAGAAGCAUUUAUACAUUUUGAGUCGAUGAAAAAUGAGUAUGGAAUUCCUCCGGGAGUGGAGCAUUAUUUGGGUGUUCUAGAUGUGCUUGGAAAAUGCGGUCAUCUAAAUGAAGCAGUUGAUUAUAUUGAGAAACUCCCAUUUGAGCCUACAGUGGCGGUGUGGGAGGCAUUGAGGAAUUAUGCUCAGAUUCAUGGAGAUAUUGAUCUUGAAGAUCAUGCUGAGGAGUUGAUGGUUGCUCUUGACCCAUCAAAGGCUGUUGUGAAAAAGAUCCCGACUCCACCACCCAAAAAGCGCAGUGCUAUUAGCAUGCUUGACGGGAAGAACAGAAUCAGCGAGUUUAAAAAUCCAACCCUCUACAAGGAUGAUGAGAAGUUGAAGGCUCUUAGUGGGAUGAAAGAAGGAGGUUAUGUGCCAGACACAAGAUAUGUUCUUCAUGACAUUGAUCAGGAGGCUAAGGAGCAGGCCUUGCUCUAUCACAGUGAGCGUUUGGCGAUCGCAUACGGUCUGAUUAGUACUCCAGCAAGGACGCCUCUUAGGAUCAUCAAGAACCUCCGCGUCUGUGGUGACUGCCACAAUGCCAUUAAGAUCAUGUCCAAGAUUGUUGGAAGGGAAUUGAUUGUUAGGGACAACAAACGAUUUCAUCAUUUUAAGGAUGGAAAAUGCUCUUGUGGGGAUUAUUGGUGAAGAGCAAAAUGUCACCUCUCAGACUUGUCUAAAGAGUUCUUCCCAGUUGCAGUUUGGCGUGUAAAAAGUUUAAACAAUGCCGAGCUGUAUACGGGAUCCUGUGCAGAUGAGCACCAGUGCUACUAGUUGGUAGGAGAUGAACCAUCCACUUCUUGUUUUGACAUGUAUGCCGAGCUAUAUAUGCAUUAUCUUUGUUUCGAUAUUGAAUCAAUUAGUUGUCGAAAUGCCAAUCCUGGUGUCAAGAAGCUAUUAGAGAAAACUUGUUUCUAAACA